CUCGCUGAGAGGGCCCCUCAGUCACCGAGCGGAGCCUGGAGUUCCUAGGCGCUGCGCACUUGUAGCCGCUCGCAAAGUUAACGAGUCUUUCGCGCACAGUUGAGGAGUGACCCAGCGGAUGCCUGCACAACCUCAGGAGUUCAUGCUCCCGAACCUCACCCAAACCGACAGCCUCUGUAAGGGAGCGCGGAGCUGAGGUGCAGGGCUGAGCCGCGGGGUGACAGGACUGAGGCGGCAGCAGCAGCAGCAGCAGCAGCGACGGAGGAGCGCGCGAGAGCGGGAGACGGAACCUUCCCCUGGACCCCGUCAGCAUGCCGCACGCCAGAUCAGCCGCCGCCGCCGCCGCCGGAGGACACGGAGCUGACCCGCUCGCGCCGCAAAGGGCACUGCCGGUGCCGUGGAAACCGACGCGCAGCCUGAGUGCGUGAAGCCUGCCCACACUCUGAGGACAACAGACAGGAAAAGUGGCAUGCUGCACACAAAUACCAUGAGGAUAUAUUAUGAAGAAGGUUAAAGCCUCUCCCGUACAGGUAUUUGGAUCCAAAUGUCAAAUCCGAGGGAGGCUUCUUCAGUCAGGGACCAGCAGCCUGUGACAAGUGUGUAAGAGAGGAGUCCUGCAUGACAAACCAGCUGAGCACUCCCCACUUUACUCCAUGCCACAUGAUUUUAAAUUGGUCCUCCCUGGGCUGAAAGCAAAAUGUGAUGAGCUGUGCAAUCAUCUUUUAACCGAGCAUGUACAGAUGCAGGCAAAGGACCCUCACAGGUUAAUGAGCCUAUUGCUCUUGUAUUGGGAGUUUAGGAUAGGCAAUUAUAGGAUUGCCCCCCUACAUGACUUGGACUUAGUGUACUCAACAACAAAGUAAGCAGCAAGAGCUCUCAAAGAACUGAUUCUUGUUGGAUUUUAUUACAUUUCAUUUUUGACAGUUUCAAGGCCCCUCCUAAUCAUAAAUAAUGGAGUUACAAGCACGUGUGUGGAAUAAAUGCUGGCCUGUGUUUCUCAGAUCUUGGAUAACCAUACUGCUGAGUUUUCACACACAGUUCGACUGGGCCACAUCCUGUCCGGAAGAGUGCCGCUGUGACAGAACUUUUGUUUACUGCAAUGAGCGCAGUCUGACAUCAGUGCCUCUUGGAAUACAGGAGGGUUACAAGACUCUCUACCUCCACAACAACCAAAUCAACAAUGCUGGAUUUCCUGUGGAGCUGCACAAUGUCGCCUCUGUCGAAACGGUUUAUCUCUACGGCAACCAGCUGGAUGAGUUUCCUCUCAAUUUGCCCAAAAAUGUUCGAGUGCUCCAUCUUCAGGAGAAUAACAUCCAAACCAUCUCCAGGGCUGCCUUGGCCCAGCUCGCGAAGCUGGAGGAGCUGCACCUGGACGACAACUCCAUCUCCACUGUUGGGGUGGAGGAGGCCGCCUUUCGGGAAGCCGUUAGCCUUAAGCUCUUGUUUUUGACAAAGAACCACCUGAGCAGUGUUCCGAUUGGGUUGCCAGUGGACCUGAAGGAGCUGCGCCUGGACGAGAACCGCAUUGCGGUCAUCGCAGAGGAAGCGUUUAAGAACGUCACGGAGCUGGAGCGCCUGAUCCUGGACGGGAACCUGCUCACUGACGAGGGGAUAGCCUCGGGUACCUUCCAGGAUUUGGUUAAUCUCAGAGAGCUGUCCAUAGCCCGCAACUCCCUCACCGCUCCUCCCCCAAACCUGCCGGCUGAGUUUUUAGUCAAACUCAACUUGCAGGAUAAUCAAAUGAAUGAGAUCCCUGUGACAUCCUUCUCCAACCUCCGCCAGCUCGAGAAACUGGAUAUUUCUAACAACCAGCUGCAGUCUCUGACAGAGGGGGUCUUUGAUGGCCUUUUCAGCCUGAGACAGCUUACUGUUCGAAACAACUUGUGGCACUGUGACUGCAACAUUAAAUGGGUCAUCGUGUGGUUAAAGUCUCUGCCAGGGACUCUCAACGUCCGUGGAUUUAUGUGCCAAAAACCUGAGAAACUACGUGGCAUGGUAAUCAGAGAGCUGAAUAUGGACCAGAUCCAGUGCCCAAACAGCACGCCCUCCGUGCCGCGGUUCACCCAGCUGCCCACGCAUCCUCCCCUUGCCACCUCCACCAGGCCUGCCUGGGUAGUAUCAUUCUCACCUCCACCUGAUCUAGCUUCGUCCACACCUGCGUCCCUCCCACUUCCUCUACCAACGCCAAGCAGUGGCAGCGAGGAGAGGACUAAACUUCCCAAUCCUCCCUAUCGAGACCGUGACGCUCUUCAGAUUUCCUUUCAUGUUGUGAACGACACCUGCAUUCAGGUAAGCUGGACGUCUGUCUUUUAUGUCACAGCAUUUAAGGUGUCUUGGGUAAAGAUGGAUCACAGCCUGACAGGUGAUACCGUGCAAGAGAGGAUGAUCAGUGGUGACCAUCAGAGACUCAGCCUGGGCAGCCUGCAACCUAAGUCCACAUAUCGCAUCUGUGUAUUCCCGUUAGACGCUUUCAAUAACUACAGUCCAGGCGACAAUACAGUUUGUUCAGAGGCAACGACUAAGCCUGCUUCUUUUAGCUCUGAUAACAAGGCCACUGGCCCAGAGCAAGCCACUCAGCAGGACCCAAGCUCUCCAUUUCUGCUGGCUGGACUGAUAGGCGGAGCAGUGGUUGUUGUCCUGGUGGUGUUGUUGAGCAUAUUUUGCUGGCAUAUGCACAAAAAAGGAAGGUCCUCUUCAUCAAAGUGGAAAUAUAAUCGAGGGAGAAGAAAAGAUGAUUACUGUGAAGCGGGAACAAAGAAGGAUAACUCUAUUCUUGAAAUGACUGAAACCAGUUUUCAGAUAGUCACCUUAAAUAAUGAACAGCUCCUUAAAGGAGACUUCCGAAUACAACCAAUUUACACCCCAAAUGGGGGCAUUGGAUUCAGAGACUGUCAAUUUGGGAACAACAGCAUAGCAUACUGCAAAAACAAUGUUCCAGAAGCAGACUGUUGCCAUACAUGAGGGUAUUCAGAAGAUGUUAAAACAUUUGUCUUGAGAAAAUAGUAAAAAAAUCAUUUCCAAGACAUGUCUACUCUGUAAUUUAUACUGUGGACUAAAAUGUGGAAAACUGCAACCUUUUCUAUUCAUUAGUAAAUUGUUUUUUUUUUUUUGCUUGUUUGUUUGUUUGUUUUUUUCCUUCAAAUUAAAUUACUUGAGUUGAAAAUACUAAUAUAAGUCAUUUAUGUUUAUAAAAAAAAAAAAAAAAAAAAUUGCUGUACAGAGGAAAUUGUACAAUCAAAGCUCCCUGGAUUCUUCUUACAGAAGCUGUUUUGUUUUGCUUUUCCACACUAUGGAAGCCGGUACACUUUCUUAACCACAGAAGCAAUUAAAAAAGAGAGACAAACCCAUUCGCAGUGCAUUUGGUAAGAAGACUGCUGGUUACCAGAUAUAAACAGUACUGCUUAGUCUGCAUUAGGAAGAUAAAUCAUAGCAUUUCAGAACAUAAUUUUUAAAGGGCUUUAAAGGGACAAAGAGCACGAACAGAUUAUGAAGGCAGACAUUCAGGAAAUACAUUAUUGUGAAAAUCUCAAGAUUUUUUAUUUUUAUUUUGUAUUUUCCCCUAAAUAUCUUCUAAAGAAAAAAUAGGAAAAUGUUAUAUAUAAAAUAGAGGUUGGAACCCCCUCCCCCUCCCGCCUCCCACCCCCUCCCCCCAUCUAAUCCACGACUUGUGAACACAGGCCACAAGGUGGCAGCUUUUUUCAGCCUAAAGAGAGAUGAAUUUCUGAUAUUAAUAGUGUAGAGGCAAUAUGUUUGGUUUCUUUGUUUAGGUGAUUACUUAUAUACAUCUUACCAACACAAAAGAGAACAUUGAUGUUAUGUAGUGGGCCAGUAGAGAGUAAACAUGUACUUGAUGAUGGAAAACACAGUACAUAGUAAUCAUGUACUUAUCAUGCUUUAUAAGUAUAUAGAAAUGUUUGUAAUACAGUAAAUACACAAGGAAAGCUAUUCUGAAUAUCACUUAUGAGAAAUAUUUUUUCCCUUAACUUGAGAAAAUAGGCACCUUGCAACUUAAAGUGGAAGUUCUCUUUUCUUCACAGAGAAUAUUUAAUUUAUAAGUCACAACCCAGUACCUAACUAUCAAUUUCAUUAUUAUUAUUAUUAUUAUUAUUAUUAUUAUUAGUAGUAGUAGUAGUAGUAGUAGCAGUAGAAGUAGUAGUAGUAGUAAUAAAUAGACUAUAAAAUUCAAAAGAAAAUGCUUUCCUGGAAUUUUUGAACCUUUUUAAUGAUUUCAGGUUUUAAAUUAGCAAUGAUGUGGUUUACUUGGACAUGAUUCUUCGUUUGGGUAUUUCAAGUACCUCUGUUUAAAUCUUCUGGCCAUGAAAUAAGGUACAUUUAAAGUCCCUUUAAUUGGUAACAAGUACAAGCUGACACAACCAGCAUUGUUUUAAAAUUUGUGGUCUCUCUCUCUCUCUCUCUCUCUCACACACACACACACACACACAUACACGCACACACGCACGCACAGACAAACCAGAGAAACACACAAACAUGGCAGCUUCUCUGUGGUCAUCAAAGUGUUUCUUAUCAAUUUCUAAUUAUCAGAAAGUUAUUCCCACAAGUCUCCCAGAAUAAACUCUGCUUUCAUUUCUUUGUGGUUAUUCCAUGAAUUUCGUAGAUAUAUAAAAGAGAAGUCUCAAGCUGACACUUGCAUGUCUCAGACAGGAAGUCUGAAAUUUUCAAAUGAAAAGAGGAAACCAUCAAAGAGGGCAGUCUGCUAAGCCUAAUGAAAAACUUUCUCUAGUCCGAACAAACUGGCUCUACAGACAUAUACAGUCCACCACACACUUUAACAUUUAAAGUUUUGCUAUGAUUCAACAUACGCUUUUGUGCUAUAUUUAUCAUUAUACAAAAAUAUACAAGCAUCCGCCAGUCCUCUUAAUCUUCCAGGAAUAUGUUCAACAUUGCACAAUUAAUCUUUAUUUUAUUUUCAUUUCAAAAAACUAUGUUGUUGUUAUUAUUAUUAUUAUUAUUAUUAUUAUUAUUAUUAUUAUUAUUAUUACCCUGCGGCCCUGCUCAGGAUAAGCUAUUAUUAUUAUUAAUAAUAAUAAUAAUAAUAAUAAUAACAACAACAAUAAUAAUAUAAUAAUAAAGUUAAUCACUAUGUUCCAUUACAUUUCUCAGAUAUUUAAAUAGUGUCCAUGAAGGUAUUUACAUGUUCAUAUUCCAUCAAAAGAAUCAAGUUCACUGAUACUCAUGUCAUUGUUUUCUUCAUUAAACAUGUUGAAACCAUAAUUGGUCAAUACUUUUCCCCAGCUUCAAAAGGUAUUACAUUUUUCUAUUCAAUGAAAAAUAUGUUGUGCUGUUGGUCUUUUGCUUUGUUGAUUAAAAAGAUUUUGAGCUAACAGAUUAACACAAAAUAAUGAGUGAUCAUUUUGAUACAAUUUAGUUGUCCAUGUCAUGCAGUUGGUGAAAUUUAUUCUGCUGAUCAGGAACCAAAGUUUUUUGUUCUCCUAAACAAAUAUUGUUGUUGUAAAAUGUAUGUGCCUUGAAAUUAACUCACAAUGUCAAGUCCUUCAAACCUCUAAAUGUUUUUGCACAAAUGUAUAUAUAGUAGUGAUGCUUUUGAAAAUAAUAAAUACAAUAAUUGGA